CCAGCACCUUGCACCCCCAUCUCAAAGACAUCUCUCGACUUGCAUCACCCAAAAACACUUCCAUCUUUCCCCCAAAGCACGCCGCUCGAGUCGACGUGCCCCCCCUCACCACGAUCCCUCCGCGUCUGCUUCGCCGCGGUCUCUUCCUCACCUCGGCCCCCGCCGCCGCUGCCAUCGCGCCGAGACUGCGUUUCAUCCCCGUCCGUUACAACUCCGACAUGGCGUCCAAGAACGACGCGCCGACCCAGCCGGUCGUGACAAUGGAGAAGACCGGCAAGCGUGACUACCUCGUCGACCUCGAGAAGCGCGCCCAGCAGUCGUGGGCGCAGCAGGGAACGUUCGAGACGGACCCCGCGCCGCUUCCCGAGGGCGUGAAGAGCUACGCCGACUUUUUCGAGCAGGGCCUCUCCAUUGAGGAGGUCCAGGCCAAGUACCCAAAGUGGUUCGGCACCUUCCCCUACCCCUACAUGAACGGCUCGCUUCACCUCGGCCACGCUUUCACCGUCUCCAAGAUCGAGUUCGCUGCAGGCUUUGAGCGUAUGCGCGGCAAGCGUGUCCUUUUCCCGGUUGGCUACCACGCCACUGGUAUGCCCAUCAAGGCUUCGUCCGACAAGCUUAUUAGGGAAAUGGAGAUGUUUGGCGAGGACUUCUCGGGCUUCAAGGAGGAGGUUGUUGAGGAGAAGGCCGAGAAGGCAGCCUCCUCCGACCCGUCCAAGGCAAAGAAGGGCAAGCUCAACGCCAAGUCGACUGGCCUCACUUACCAGUUCCAGAUCUUGGAGCUCAUUGGCGUGCCCCGCGAGGAGAUCAAGAAGUUCGCCGACCCCCUCCACUGGCUCGAGUUCUUCCCCCCUAUCGCGACCGAGGACCUGACCAACCUCGGUGCCCGUGUUGACUGGCGCCGUCAGUUCCUCACAACCCCCGCCAACCCCUAUUACGACAGCUUCGUACGCUGGCAGAUGAACAAGCUCCACGACCAGGGCCGCAUCAAGUUCGGCAAGCGCUACACCAUCUACUCGCCCAAGGACGGCCAGCCCUGCAUGGACCACGACCGUCAGUCGGGUGAGGCCGUCAACCCCCAGGAGUACACCGCCGUCAAGAUGAAGGUCCUGGAGUGGGGCCCGAACGUUUCUUCCGAGGUCAAGCAGGCUGUCGGCGGCAAGACUGUCCACCUCGUUGCUGCCACCCUCCGCCCCGAGACCAUGUACGGCCAGACCAACUGCUUCGUCGGUCCCAGCCUUGACUACGGCCUGUACGAGGCGUCUGACUCGGAGCUCUGGCUUCUUACCGACAGAGCUGCUCGCAACAUGGCUUACCAGGGUAUCUUCGACCGGCCUGAGGGUGUCUUCAAGAAGGUGGUGGACGUCAAGGGUGCCGAGGUUGUCGGCACCAAGGUCAACCCUCCCUUCGGCGUCGUUCCCGAGGUCUACGUCCUGCCCAUGGAGGGUGUCCUCGCCACCAAGGGUACCGGUGUCGUUACCUCGGUUCCCUCGGACUCGCCCGACGACUACCGUACCCUCAUGGACCUCCGCAAGAAGCCUGAGAUGUACAAGAUCGACCCCAAGUGGGCUGCUGUCGACCCCAUCUCGGUUCUCUCAACUCCCAAGUACGGCGACAUGGCGGCCGAGAAGCUCUGCACGGAGCUCAAGAUUCAGUCGCAGCGUGACGUCAAGCAGCUCGCCGAGGCUAAGGAGCUCGCCUACAAGGAGGGCUUCUACAGCGGUGUCAUGACUGUGGGCGACUUCAAGGGCGAGACGGUCCAGGAUGCCAAGCCCAAGGUCCGCCAGCAGAUCAUCGACGCUGGCCUCGGUGUUGCCUACGCCGAGCCCGAGAGCGAGGUCAUCUCGCGCUCGGCUGACGUGUGCGUUGUCGCUCUCGUUGACCAGUGGUACCUCGACUACGGAGAGGAGGAGUGGAAGAAGGUGGCUGAGGACCUCCUCGCCAAGAUGAACACCUUCGUCCCCGAGACCCGCAACAACUUCGAGGCCGUUCUCAACUGGCUGAACAAGUGGGCGUGCGCUCGCUCGUACGGCCUCGGCUCGAAGCUUCCUUGGGACCAGCAGUUCCUUGUCGAGUCCCUCUCCGACUCGACCAUCUACAUGUCGUACUACACUGUCGCCAACCUGCUCCACACCGACCGCUGGGGUAAGGAAGGCAAGUAUGGCAUCAAACCUGAGGACAUGACCGACGCCAUGUGGGAGUACGUUCUCUGCGACGGCGCCUACCCUGCCGACGCAAAGAUCUCCAAGGACAUUGCCGCCGAGCUCAAGUACUCGUUCCAGUACUUCUACCCCCUCGACAUUCGUUCGUCGGGCAAAGACCUCAUCCCCAAUCACCUUACCUUCUGGAUCUACGUCCACGCCGCCAUCUUCCCCGAGAAGCACUGGCCUCGCGCGGUCCGCGCCAACGGCCACCUCAUGCUUAAUGGCAAGAAAAUGUCCAAGUCGACCGGCAACUUCCUUACCAUGCGCGAGGCUACUCAGAAGUUUGGCGCCGACGCCGUCCGUCUCACUCUCGCCGACGCCGGUGACGACAUCACCGACGCCAACUUCGAGGAGACUGUCGCCAACGCUGCCAUUCUCCGUCUACACACUGCGUGCACCUGGGCUGAGGAAGUCAAGAAGGAGGCUGGCAACCUGCGCACGGGCGACUUCAACGAGCACGACAAGCAGUUCCAGGCUGAGAUGGACAGCCUCAUCGAGGGCGCAUACAAGGCGUACACCGAGAUGAACUUCAAGGAGGCGCUCAAGCUCGGCCUGUACGACUUUGAGAACGCACGCAACUGGUACCGUGUGGUGUCGCAGCCCGAGAACGGCGGCCAGGGCAUGCACAAGGAGCUUCUCUUCUCGUGGAUCCGCAACAACGCGCUCCUCCUUACGCCCUUUACCCCCCACUUCUCCGAGUUCAUCUGGCAGGACAUUCUCGGCGAGAAGACGUCGGUCCAGAACGCGCUCUUCCCCAAGCCUUCGGGCCCCUCCAACACCGAGGUCCUCGACGAGCUGGCGUAUCUGCGUGGCGUUGUGGACUCGGUGCGCUCCGCAGAGCUCUCGCUCGGCCGCAGGAAGGGCGGCAAGGGCAAGCAGCCCACCGGGCCGGUCUUCGACCCCUCCAAGCCCAAGGCAGCACGCAUCUACGUCGCGACCGAGUUCCCCGCGUGGCAGGUGAAGACGAUGGACAUCGUCGCGUCGGCAUGGGACGAGAAGGCUGGCGCGAUUGACGAGCCCGCGAUGCGCAAGGCGCUCGCGGACGCCGGCUUGAACAAGGACAAGAAGGCCAUGCCCUACGUCCAGCUGCUGAAGAAGAAGGCGGCGACGGCUGGCAAGCGCGCGUUCGCGUCCAAGCUUGCGUUCGACGAGCUCGAGGCCCUCAAGCUGCUCUCGCCAUACAUCAAGACGCAGCUCAAGUACGACACCGUCGACGUCGUUUCGGUCGCGGACGCCAAGAAGCACAUUGAGGCGAACGGCGCCAGCGACGGUUGGUCGCCGGAGCGCGUCGAGAUGUCGGAGCCCGGGUCGCCCGCGGUGCAGUUCUGGAACCUGUAAGGUGCUGGACAUACAGGCUAGGGGCGUGCGGGGCACGCGUAGUAGAAGGCAUACAGUAGAGUAGCCUACAUGCAUAGUUCUGUCGCAGUGGCGUAAGGGUGGCGUAGGUGUACAUGCACAUGGUAUCAAUG